CGCAGUGUCGGCUCCGCGGUCCACCAGCCAGCAUCCCGGCGAGAGCUCGCGCUCGCGACUUCGAAGAUGCUCGAGUACGACGCCGAACUGUCGGAGCGCCUCGGCCUGCCCCUGGACGCCAACAACAACACCGGCGACUCCGACAAGCCCUCGCGCGGGGACAAGUACUCCCUGCGGCCGCGGUCCGUGCGGCGGCGCGGCGGCGGCGACGACGGCCCCCGCGGCAAAGCCAAGCCCAAGGCGGCACCCCUCAGCAAGUACCGGCGCAAGAACGCCAACGCGCGGGAGCGCUCCAGGAUGCGGGAGAUCAACCAGGCGUUCGAGGCGCUCCGGCGGGCCGUCCCCCAGAUGUCCGUCACGCACCAGACCAACGAGAAGCUGACGAAGAUCACCACGCUGCGCCUGGCCAUGAAGUACAUUUCCGCGUUGAGUGCAGUGUUGAGUAACGAGCCCCAGCAGGACCUGCUGUCGGACUGCAGCGAGUUGGACUGCUUCCUUCUGGAGUCGGACGGUGAAUCGCUGCCGUUGCAGAGUGACUUUUCCGAUCAUUCGUUGACUCCCGCGGACUUUUCCGUGGAUUUCCCCGAGGACUCGCUCGCUACGGACGAUUUCGUGUCGGACUUCGAUGACCAUUUGAGCCAUUUCGAUCCGUUCUUGGCCGGGUUCAGCUAAUAGCGCCGAUAAACACGUAUAAAUACACAGCGAAAACUGUAAGGUUGCAGCCCCUGUUAUUUACAAACGUGAGUUUUGACGAAAAAGUAAACCCUAUUGUGACACGUGAACCAGUUCAGUUCAUCGUAAACGAAGUACACUUCCGGUAUUUACGACUGUGAGUUUUGCUACAACCUUACAAUUUUUGGCUUGCCGGGAUCCAAAUUUUGUUUAGUUUUUCCAACAUGCAGUAAUCGUGAAUUUUAAAAAAAUUUAGCUGCACAUCGUAACGAAAACGAAUUUGGAUGACUAUACAUUCCGUUAAAUAUUGUGGUGGCAUUUAUAUAAUACAAAUCGAUGUCCAGAGUAAUCUGAAGUUGGCUGUGCGUCGUGAAGGCCUACUCGAAGCGGAUCGAUUUCUGGGUGUCCUGUGCCUUGAGGACUGUAAAUACGUAUUUUGUAUUGACAUGUACGACUGCGGUUGCAAUAUUGCAUGACAUUUAUUUAAAGCCAGUCAUGCUCAUAUUUAUUUAUAAGUAGAAGUCGCUUUAUGUAAUAUAUCGAAAUCUUAGCAGAUAAAUAUAUUAUUUCUGCAUAA